AUGUCGGAUCAGGGUAGCGAGCCGUCAGAAUGGGAUUGGAAGACAAAGGGCGCGAACCUCGUUGAGCGGCGUGACUUGCUGAAAACAGCUGAUCAGCGUGAGGGACCUGGUUCUGGUCCCCAAAUGGAGGACGCCGAUAUCGAGCAGGAUGCUCCUAAUGAUAACGAUGGCGAUCAGAGCAGUGAAAUUGCUCAUGCAACGGACGAAGAACCCGACUCGGAGAUUGAACAUGGGAGUAACGAGGUCCCCGAUAACGUCGAACAUCGGUUUCGAGAGCGGCCGUCAAUGGACGACGAAGAAUCCGACAUCAGCGAGGCAGAAGAUGACGAGCACAACUUAUCCCAUAUUCCUGAUCGUUGGGAUCCUGACCCGGUGUCGUUUGGAGAGCCCUCGGAACUGUUGGGUGGGCGCCAGAACCAGCCGACCUCGCUGGGGGCACGAGCAACUCCUCCUCCCGCGACGGACAUGGAAGACAGCAACGCUCAAAGCGUGGGCAAUAGCCCCAUCAUUUCAGUCGCUCCAUCCCCGGUGGGGGAUAGUGGCCAAGUGGAUCCUGCCUCGGCGGCGGGCACAUCGCCCAGGGUCUUCUCCAGCGAGAUCGUUCGACAGUUUGGCUCUCCCUCGAUGUCAGGGAUUAGAACAGCCAUCACAAAUGAUGCCCUACCUACUCGGGGUCCACUCCCCGAUCUCCGCGGACAUAUUGGAACGGGGGCGCUUGCUCAGAUACAGACACAGGUGCCAAACCGCGGAGCGCCCACCUCGACCGGAGCGCCCACCUCGACCGGAGCGCCCAUCUCGACCGGAGCGCACAUCUCGACCGGAGCGCCCACCUCGACUGGAGCGCCCAUUCAUACCGAAGCGCCCGCUGAGGCUGAACAGGCUCUCAGAACAUCGAGUGUGCUCGAUGAGCUCGGGCCACUCGGUAUGAGUUCGAGGGAGUUCCGAAACAUGCUAAUGGCCCAAAUGGCCGCGCAGCCGUCUCAUACUCGCUCAUCCCAGUUAUUAGAUGUGUUCGUCGCGAACUUGCUCCUACGCCUUGGAACGCCUCGAGGGACUCCAGAGGAGAUGGUGUCGGCGAUCAUCACAGAGCUCGACAGAGGCACCCAUCCAAAGUGGAGCAUGUUCCCUCCCACAACACGUCAUGGGUCCACUGUUCGAACUCAGGACAUCGAUGAAGCAGUGGUCAAUCUGGUGAUGGUGUGGAUGCUCACCACGCAGCGUCAAGGUCGCGGUGGAGAUCCCGGGCCGUCGUCACAAUCAGGUUGA